UUUGAGUAUUCUCUACGAUCCUGUUUCUUCAUCAAACCAAGUCCGACGGACGCGCAUUUUUCCGCAUAAAGGAAGAUGUUUCUGAUCGCUGGGGCUAUUCCUCACAUCCUCCUUCAUGCGUGGGGCUAAAUGUCAUGGAAUUCAAGCCACUUCCUCCCACAAGUUGCUUCUCUUGAUUACACUUCCACUAAUCUCCAGGUUAUACACAACCCACCAAAACCCACGAAAAUUCAAGUACUCAUCUACAAUGCAUCUUUUCAGAGAUGAAAUUGUCCCAAAGAUUGAGGCUUCGGAUAAUGAGCAUCAUAGUGAGUCGGAUAAGGACUAUCUUGAAAAGGAGAAGGACAUAAUUGAUGAUGAUCAUGACUCCGAAGGGAGGCCGGGUGACAAAGAGGAUGAUGACCAAAUUGUUAGAUACGAGCGUAUGGCUGAAGAUGCCCCACCACAUAACAAUGAUUAUGACACUGAAGACGUCCCACCAACGGAUGCUCCCACUUCCACUAUUAGCGUUGAUUCUAAGAAAACAAAAGGGCGAGGUCCUACGAAAAACCUCAAAGUCAUAGAUCCGAUGCACUUGGAAUACAAUGCAGUGGAUCAAACUUGUGGCAAAUGGCGUAGGCAAUAUGAAAAACAAGUGGGCCUAUGUAUCCGCAAGAUUUCCAUAUUGUACGCAUGGAACGAGGUUCCAGAGGGUUUGAAGAACUCUCUAUGGGAUGAUACUGUGAAUCUUUUUCAAAUUGAGAACAAUGAAGAGAAGAAGAAUGUUUUUCUUUCGGCUGUUGCUAAAAGAUUCAAAAAUUUCAAAUCCAAGCUAGUAACUGGUUGGAUCACCAAGAAGCGUGCUCGUAAGACCAAGAAGGUCAAAACGGGAAAGAAAGGUGGAGACCAAGCACCUUCAAAGACGACCUCAUCUACGGCUAUCUCCGCAUUCGUGAAUACUCCUACUAGAGAUGCAAGUGGUAAAUUUACCAUUAUUGAUCCGAAAACGAAGAAAGUUGUUGAUGCUGUGCUGGAAGGAAAAAAACCUACGGGGAAGUUCACCCCAAGAGGCAAUGUUGAUGCAUUGCAUAUGGUCUUAGGGAAAGACCAUAGAGGGCGGGUAGUCAGAAAAGAAGGAGUCCGCGUGGGGUUAAAGAAGGCAUUUGGCAAAGAGUGUGUUGCUACUCAAUCUAGAACGAUGCCACUUGAUGAAGUAGCGACCCUUAGAGCACAAACUACGAAGGAUGUUCUCGCCAAAGUGGCAUUCGUGUUGCAGAAGAUGGGAGCACCCACUGUAGACUUGGCAAAUAUGAUUGUCGAGGAUCAGCAAAGUCAACAUGGGGAUCCUAAGGCUUCGGUCGAGAGAAUACACGAGCCAACACCCGAGCCCAUUACCCCUGUAGCACUCCAACCUAUUACUAUCCCCGAAGCACAAAAUCCUAAACCGGAGACCAUUAACUCCGUUGCUCAAAAUCCGGAGCCAACACCCGAGCCAGUGGUAAAGGAGGCGACUCCUUGUUCUCUUUUGGUGCCUCAGUUAGGUGUUACUAAUGGUGGCGACUUAACUGAGGUUGCAUAUGGUAUGGCACAGCCAACCAAAGAGGGCCAAACAGUAUAUUCUAUGCCUAUUACAGGUGGCCACAUCAGUGUGACCGUGGAAACUAUUGUAAAGGGGUUUGAAGAUUUCUCACUCCCGAUUCCAAUGCCAGAAUGAAGCCUUGAGAAACUAUUAGACGUCCAAGGUAGUUUCGUCAUAUGACCUUAUGCUUGGGUCCGAUUCAUUACCAAGCAAAAGAGUCCAAAGGGCUCUAAGAGAGAGAUCGGUUCCUCAUCAAAGGUGUCAACUAGUUCAAAGUCGGUGGCAAUCACUCCAAUUUUGACUGAUGCGGAGCUAAAAGAUCUCUUUCAAGAUUGCAAAUGGCUGCACCCAUGUGCAUCUCGCAUGCGUGAGGAGGACCAAAUUGUUCUACCCCUGCAAAAGGAACAAUUAUGCUUUGUUGGAAGCCCUUUUAUAAUUAUUAUUCCUAGUGACAUUGGGCAAUUUUUUAGAGGAGACAUGUUAAAUGUAGCUCUUAUCCAUGUCUACAUGAGGCGGUGUUCAUUAUCUUACAAUUUAGGCAUUAUUGUUUAAUUGUUUUAAUAACCGAAUUACUAACAAAAUUUUCUAAUUCGUGAGUUUAGUGCGCCUUACGAGGAACUAAUAAAUUGUUGCGAACCUUCAAUAAAAAUUGGAUGGUUUUGUCCUGAAUCAAUUUCGGGUAUUAAAUGCGUAAAGGAUCCAGAUGACGUAAAAGCAUACAUUGAGACUGCUUUGAAAAAUUCGCUUGCAUCUAAACACACGUUCAUUCUGGCUCCAUAUGUGGAAGAUUUGCAUUGGAUACUUUUGGUCUAUCCUUUGACCAAUACUGUGCACGUCUUCGACUCAUUACAUAAAGCUCAAAGCCUUGUUGAAUGCCACAAUGAAGAAAGUGCGUGGAGAAAUGAGAACUAUAUCGAAAGCCACAUAUCCGAAAUGGAAAGCAGUAAAGUGUUUUCGACAAGAUAAUAGUGAUGAUUGCGGCUAUUACACUCUCAAAUAUAUGGACGAUCUCUUACAAGCCAUGAAGAACGUUGGAGUCUAAAAUAUUGAUUCCGUAAUUAUUUGUUACGUUCUUAAAUUAUAAGAUUAUAUAUUUACUAUUGGUAAAAUCUAAUGUUUAUGUAUCAUAUAAACUUUUUUAAAUAUUUCAUAUAUUAUUAUAGGAUUUAUACGACACUCCAA